GAGGUCAGGUGUCGCGAGCUAAACUGGUGAUUCUACAUCGACAUUUUUAGACAAAAAAACCCAACUAUGAAGCUUUUGAUAUUUGCGUGUCUCGUCGCUGUGGGUAAGAGUGCAUUUUUACAAUUACUUUACACAAAAUCUCCUGAAAAAGCAGCUUUAUUUUGCGUGUGGGAAAGUUUAAACUCGCAUUACGUUGCGACUGCCACAGGUUGCAAUUUGUACCGAAGCGUCUGACAAAUGUUAUGUUGUGUCUUGAAUUACUUUUCCUUGUGCCUUCAGGGCAGAAAACUUAAUAAAAUAAAAGUUAGACAGUGUUUAGAGCUUGAGGGAAGCCAAUCCUGUGAGGUAGACAUAUUUUUAAAACUUCUUUCGAACAAAUGUUUCAAGGAAAUGUUUGCAAGCAGGAAUUGCAACACACCUGUUACAUUUCAAAACGGAGUUUUGACGCUUAUUUCCUCUUUGUAAUUUACUUGAUUUUCCACGUAAAACUACACCGCUUUACAAGUUUUUGCGUUAAUUUUUGGUUUGAAGUGUCCUCUUUAUAGAUAUUGAGUUUUGUUUGUGUUUUCGUUCUGCACUAUUACGUUUCAAUUAAAAUUGAAAUUCUACAUAUAUAAGCAUGUGAUGAAAAUUAUCGAGGAAGUGAAAUAUGGAAUUGUGAAAGUCUUGUGAAAUUUAGCAAGGUUUCGUUUUCAAUACUGGGUACUGUACUGUGAAUUAAUAUUUCUAUGAUAUAUACAUAUAUAUUCCUCAGUCCUGUUUAUGUUGAAAUUGCAGUUAGGGAUUGCUCAAUAAUAAAAUUAGAGGUGAUGAUAUCUCAAAGAAAACAGGGGGGGGGAGGGCAGAUCUUCAGGUAGUUCAGACACAAACCACGAAAGUUUAUUGUAGAAUACUUAACCUACACUGGACCACCACACUUGAGAUAUCUUUUUCAGGUAGUUCAGACACAAACCACAAUGCCUAUAAUAAUAAUAAUAUAAUGCCUAUGGUAGAAUACUACCUACACUGGACCACCACACUCGAGAUAUCCUUUUCAGGUAGUUCAGACACAAACCCCAGCAGCUUACUAGUGGAGAAAACUACACUGGACCACCAUGUUCGAGACAUUUUUCAGGUAGUUCAGACCGAGACACAAACCAUGACAGCUUAUUGUAGAAGCUAGUGUAUACUACUUACAUUGGACUACUGUGUUUGAGAUAUCACAAGUUUUAUUGAGCAAUCCCUAAUUGACUAUGAACACUAAAUAAGUAUAUUUCAUAGUUGUAAAUUGUCCUUGAAAGUUAUUAAAGGUGUAUGCCUGUAACGAUUUUUGUAGCCUGUGCUUAUCCAAGCCGACUUGGUGAAGAGAAAUGUACAUAUGGUCCCUCAUACUGGUGCGAAAACUACAAACAGGCCGACAAAUGUCAGGCCAUUGAGCACUGCAGAAAAUAUGUGUGGAAAGCCAAGGGGGUGUGUAUUAAGAAUUUGUUAUCAGAAUUAAAAUUAGCCAGGGAAGAAUUAUAGUUGUCUUAUACUUUCUCAGUCUCAUAUGGGAAGAGUAGCGACUCAUUGUGUAUAGUAAUUCUUGUUUAUUUCAGGCUGACCAAUGUGAUGAUUGCAAAGCUGCCAUAACACAACUCCACACGUUUGUGACUACCAAUUCGACGAAAGUCAUUGAAAUAUUGAAAAAUAUCUGUGCUGGACUUAAAACUGAAUCUACUAUGGUAAUAUAACAACAUUUUUAUUUGGGUUUUUAGGUUUAUUGUAAGUUACUGAUGAAAGUGUGAAAAUAUGUGGAAAUGUUUGUUUUAGUGCAAGUUUUAUGUUGAGACAUAUGGAAGUGGGGUUGUUGCUGCACUUACAGAAAUAACAGUGAGUGUUAAUUGAGUUUUAUAAUUUGAAAAUUAUUGAUGUGCAGUUGAGCAUGAUCAAUACAUCAUUAUCACUGCUAGUCUACUACCAUCAUCACUAUAACUAGCACCAUAAUCAGCACCAUCAUCACCAUCAUCGUCACCAUCAUCGUCACCAUCAUUACUGUCGUUCCAAUUGAAGUGUUGCUGAAAUAUUGAUUCAAUACAUUACCUCGGGCUGACCAAUUCAUUUCAUCAAGUUCCUCGAGAUAUUCAUACACUUCCUAGUAUAAUUGUAAACUUCCUGUUGAAUAGUUUGAAUGCACCAAUCACCUUUGUUGCUUAUGCAACUAACCAAUCAUAAAUAGAAAGGAAGUGACCAGAAAUGAUCAAAUACUUGGAAUUGGCUCUUUCACAGGAAGUGUAUGAAUAUCUCGAGGAACUUGAUCAAAUGAAUUGGUCAGCCCGAGGUAAUGUAUUGAAACAAUAUUUCAGCAACACUUCAAUUGGAACGACAGUAAUUAUCAUCAUCAUCACCAUCAUCAUCAUUACCAUUAUCAUCAUCACCAGCAUCGUCAUCAUCAUCAUUUCAUCAUCAUUUCAUCAUCAUUAUCACCAUUAUCAUCACCAUUAUCAUCAUGAUCAUCAUCAUCACCAUCACCAUCAUCAUCAUCACCAUCAUCAUCACCAUCAUCAUCAUCACCAUCAUCAUCAUUACCAUCAUCACCAUUAUCAUCAUCACCAGCAUCAUCAUCACCAUCAUCAUCAUCACCAUCAUUACCAUUAUCAUCAUCACCAGCAUCAUCAUCACCAUCAUCAUCAUCAUCAUCAUCAUCAUCACCAUCACCAUCAUCAUCAUCACCAUCAUCAUCAUCACCAUCAUCAUCAUCACCAUCAUCAUCAUCACCAUCAUCAUCAUCACCAUCAUCAUCAUCAUCAUCAUCAUCAUCAUCACCAUCAUCAUCAUCAUCAUCAUCAUCAUCAUCAUCAUCACCAUCAUCAUCAUCACCAUCAUCAUCAUCACCAUCAUCAUCAUCAUCAUCACCAUCAUCAUCACCAUUAUCAUCAUUACCAUUAUCAUCGUCAUCAUCAUCAUUUCAUCAUCAUCAUUUCAUCAUCAUUAUCACCAUUAUCAUCACCAUUAUCAUCAUUAUCAUCAUCAUCAUUAUCACCAGUAUCAUCAUCAUUAUCACCACUAUCGCCAUCAUCACUACCACCUUCAUCAUCAUUUUAUCACCAUUACCAUCAUUAUCCUUAAUCUUAUUCUUUUUGCUCCAUCUCAGUCUGACAGUGAAAAACUUUGCCAAGAGCUUGAAUUGUGUACUGGUGGAAAAAUUCAAAUCAUGCGAGAAAUCUUUGUCAAGAAAUUGAAAACUCAUCCUUACAUCAUCGCUCUUAAAUCUGUGAAGGUGAGUCAAUGACUUGCCAUCUAACCUGUUGUGAACAUCAUCUAUCAAAUCUAGAGCAACCUGCCUGCCCUUUCUAAAUGUAUCCAUGGAAAUGAUCGUUAUUUUUCCUUGCCAUUUAGGCAGAUUAUUGUGAAGACUGCAAGCUUGUCUUUAGUGAAAUUAAAGAUCUCUUGGAGGACAAAGAUAUGCAGGUAAGAGGAAGUAAAGGAAGGGUGAUAGAAUGAAGGAUUCUAGGGUGGAGAAGAGAGAGGCAAUUAAAAAAGAAUGAAGAAAGGAGAUAUAAAAUUUCUCUCCUGAAAUGCUAUAUUUUGUUUUGUAUAGAAAGAAAUUAUUGCUGCAUUGGAAGCCCUAUGCACUGAGUUUGGAAGCUUUGCUGAUCAAGUACGUUUUCUGCUUCAAUGUGGGUGUUUAAUGAGUACUGUAAUAAAUCUUGACUGUGUAUGAUUGUUGUAUCUAUAGUGCAAGAGUUAUAUUGACCAGUACCUCCCCCUGAUUUUGGAUGAACUGGCUACUUUGGAUGUGAGUAACUUUUCUUUUAGUGUUAUGUAUGUAGUUUUAAUGUCACAUUAUCUAUGGCAGCUAAUUCUAUACUUUAAAAUUCUACUACCAGGAUCCAACCGAGAUUUGCAACGAGCUUGGUCUCUGUAACUCAACACAGAAGGCUGCGGGUAUUCUGCAACCUCCAUCAAAGAAGCUUUUAAUCCCCAUAAUGCCUGGACCUGUGAUCUUCACUCCUCCUGAGAAGAAAGAGAAAUCAGCUGAUGUAUGUCUCCCCAAACAUUAAGCUUCAGUUAACUUAUGUUGUUCUUGGGGUAGAAAUGAGAUACAAGAUGGGAAAGUGAACUAGUUGCUAGAAUUAAAUAACCUUAUUUAUAAUGGAUAAUUCCAAGAGUUCUAAACUGUCCUUCCUAGAGAUUCUAUAAAGAUCUCUUACUGAUCCAGUGUUAUCCAGAGCUAUCCAGUGUAAAUAAAGAUAGUUUAGUUUCUAUAGUGACUGAUAAUUGCUUAUUUCAGGCUGACCAAUGCGAUGAAUGUAAAGCUGCUGUAACACAACUCCACACGUUGCUGACCACCAAUUCAACAAAAGUUCUUGAAAUAUUGAACAAUGUCUGUGCUGGACUUAAAAAGGGGCCUGCCGAGGUAAUAACAACAUUUUUGUUUGGGAUUGUUAGGGUAGUGUUAUUAUAAAUUUUAGUGAUGAAAGUGUGCAAAUAUAUGGAAAUGUUUGUUUUAGUGCAAGGUUGCUGUUAGCUUAUAUGGAAAGCAGGUUAUUGCUGCACUUACAGAAAUAACAGUAAGUGUUAAUUAGCUGAGUUUUAUAGUAUGAUAAUUACUGUGCAGUUGAGUAUGUUUGUCAUUGACUACUACCAUAUCAUUGCCAUCAUUACCAUCAUCAUCAUCAUCUUCACACCACCACUAUCACCACCAUCAUCACCACUACUACUACCAUUGUCACCAUUACUGUCAUUGUCACCAUUAUCACCAUUAUCACCAUUACACCAUUGUCACCAUUACCACCAUUGUCACUAUUACCACCAUUGUCACCAUUACCACCAUUGUCACCAUUAUCACCAUUGUCACCAUUACACCAUUGUCACCAUUACCACCAUUGUCACUAUUACCACCAUUGUCACCAUUACCACUAUUGUCACCAUUAUCACCAUUGUCACCAUUACACCAUUGUCACCAUUACCACCAUUGUCACUAUUACCACCAUUGUCAUAAUUACCAUCAUUGUCACCAUUACCACCAUUGUCACCAUUUCCACCAUUGUCACCAUUACACCAUCAUCACCACUACUACUACCAUUGUCACCAUUACUGUCAUUGUCACCAUUAUCACCAUUAUCACCAUUACACCAUUGUCACCAUUACCACCAUUGUCACCAUUAUCACCAUUGUCAUAAUUACACCAUUGUCACCAUUACCACCAUUGUCACUAUUACCACCAUUGUCACCAUUACACCAUUGUCACCAUUACCACCAUUGUCACUAUUACCACCAUUGUCACCAUUACCACCAUUGUCACUAUUACCACCAUUGUCAUAAUUACCAUCAUUGUCACCAUUUCCACCAUUGUCACCAUUACCACCAUUGUCACCAUUACCACCAUUGUCACCGAUACCACCAUUGUCACCGAUACCACCAUUGUCACCAUUAUCACCAUUAUCACCAUCAUCACCAGAAACACUUCUAUCAUGAACAUCAAUAUAAUACAAUACCAUUGCAUUAUUAACACUAUCACAACCAUUAUUUCAGUACCUGCAUCAUCACCAUAACUGCCACCACAUAACCACCAUCAUAACCACUAUCACAACUAUCAUUCUCACCACCCCCAUCAUCAUCGCCGUCAUCAUCACCACCAUUCAUCAUCACCACCAUUCAUCAUCACCACCAUUCUUCAUCACCACCAUUCUUCAUCACCACCAUUCAUCAUCACUACUACGAUCAUCACCAACAUUACCUGAUCAUCAUUAAUCUCAUUAUUUCUGCUCCAUCUCAGUCUGACAGUGCAAAACUUUGCCAAGAGCUUGAAUUGUGUACUGGUGGAAAAAUUCAAAUCAUGCGAGAAAUCUUUGUCAAGAAAUUGAAAACUCAUUCUUACAUCGUCGCUCUUAAAUCUGUGAAGGUGAGUCAAUGACUUGCCAUCUAACCUAUUGUGUACAUCACCUAUCAAAUCUAUAGUAACCUGCCUGCCCUUUCUAAAUGUAUCCAUGGAAAUGAUUGUUAUUUUCCCUUGCAAUUUAGGCAGAUUAUUGUGAAGACUGCAAGCUUGUCUUUAGUGAAAUUAAAGAUCUCUUGGAGGACAAAGAUAUGCAGGUAGGAGGAAGUAAAGGAAGGGUGAUAGAAUGAAGGAUUCUAGGGUGGAGAAGAGAGAGGCAAUUAAAAAGAAUGAAGAAAGGAGAUAUAAAAUUUCUCUCCUGAAAUGCUAUAUUUUGUUUUGUAUAGAAAGAAAUUAUUGCUGCAUUGGAAGCUCUAUGCACUGAGUUUGGAAGCUUCGCUGAUCAAGUACGUUUUCUGCUUCAAUGUGGGUGUUUAAUGAGUACUGUAAUAAAUCUUGACUGUGUAUGAUUGUUGUAUCUAUAGUGCAAGAGUUAUAUUGACCAGUACCUCCCCCUGAUUUUGGAUGAACUGGCUACUUUGGAUGUGAGUAACUUUUCUUCUAGUGUUAUGUAUGUAGUUUUAAUGUCACAAUCUAUGGCAGCUAAUUCGAUACUUUAAAAUUCUACUACCAGGAUCCAACCGAGAUUUGCAACGAGCUUGGUCUCUGUAACUCAACACAGAAGGCUGCGGGUAUUCUGCAACCUCAAUCAAAGAAGCUUUUAAUCCCCAUAAUGCCUGGACCUGUGAUCUUCACUCCUCCUGAGAAGAAAGAGAAAUCAGCUGAUGUAUGUCUCCCAAAACGUUAAGCUUCAGUUAACUUAUGUUGUUCUUGGGGUAGAAAUGAGAUACAAGAUGGGAAAGUGAACUAGUUGCUAGAAUUAAAUAACCUUAUUUAUAAUUGAUAAUUCCAAGAGUUCUAAACUGUCCUUCCUAGAGAUUCUAUAAAGAUCUCUUAUUGAUCCAGUGUUAUCCAGAGCUAUCCAGUGUAAAUAAAGAUAGUUUAGUUUCUAUAGUGAUUAUAAUUGUUUAUUUCAGGCUGACCAAUGCGAUGAAUGUAAAGCUGCUGUAACACAACUCCACACUUUGCUAACUACCAAUUCAACAAAAGUUCUUGAAAUAUUGAACAAUGUCUGUGCUGGACUUAAAACGGGGUCUGCCGAGGUAAUAACAACAUUUUUGUUUGGGAUUGUUAGGUUAGUGUUAUAAAUUUUAGUGAUGAAAGUCUGCAAAUAUAUGGAAAUGUUUGUUUUAGUGCAAGUUUGCUGUUGCCACAUAUGGAAAUCAGGUUAUUGCUGCACUUACAGAAAUAACAGUAAGUGUUAAUUAGCUGAGUUUUAUAGUAUGAUAAUUACUGUGCAGUUGAGCAUGAUCAUCAUUGACACCACAUUUUCAUCACUGACUACUACAUAUCAUCUUCACACCACCACUAUCACCACCAUCAUCAUCACUACCACCAUUGUCACCACUACCACCAUUGUCACCAUUACCACCAUUGUCACCACUACCAUCAUUGUCACCACUACCACCAUUACUACCAUUGUCACCACUACCACCAUUGUCACCAUUACCACCAUUGUCACCACUACCACCAUUGUCACCACUACCACCAUUGUCACCAUUACCACCAUUGUCACCACUACCACCAUUACCACCACUACCACCAUUGUCACGAUUACCACCAUUGUCACCACUACCACCAUUACCACCAUUGUCACCACUACCACCAUUGUCACCAUUACCACCAUUGUCACCAUUACCACCAUUGUCACCAUUAUGAACAUCAAGAUAUAACAAUACCAUUGCAUUAUUAACACUAUCACAACCAUCAUUUCAGUACCUGCAUCAUUAUCACCAUAACUGCCACCACAUAACCACCUCCAUCAUCACAACCAUCAUUGUCAUCAUCACUGUCAUCAACACCACCACCAUCAUCACCAUCAUUGUCAUCAUCAUCACCACCAUGAUCACCACCAUCAUCAUCACCAUCAUUAUCAUCAUCACCACCAUCAUCAUCACCAUCAUUAUCAUCAUCAUCACCAUCAUUAUCAUCAUCACCACCAUCAUCAUCAUCACCAUCAUUAUCAUCAUCACCACCAUCCUCAUCACAACCAUCAUUGUCAUCAUCACUAUCAUCACCACCAUCAUCAUCACCACAGAGUAUCAUCGUCACCAUUACCACUGCCAUUGCCAACAUUAUAAUCAUUAUCCUUAAUCUCAUUCUUUCUGCUCCAUCUCAGUCUGACAGUGCAAAACUUUGCCAAGAGCUUGAAAUGUGUACUGGUGGAAAAAUUAAAAUCAUGAGGGAAAUCUUUGUCAAGAAAUUGAAAACUCAUCCUUACAUCGUCGCUCUUAAAUCCGUGAAAGUGAGUCAAUGACUUGCAAUCUAACCUGUUGUGAACACUUUACAACAUCAUCUACAUGUAUCAUAUUUAUAGCAAUCUGCCUGCCCUUUCUGAAUGUAUCUAAAGAAAUUGACAGUAUUUUCUCUUGCAAUUUAGGCAGAUUAUUGUGAAGACUGCAAGCUUGCCUUUGGUGAAAUUAAAGAUCUCUUGGAGGACAAAGAUAUGCAGGUAGGAGGAAGUAAAGGAAGGGUGAUAGAAUGAAGGAUUCUAGGGUGGAGAAGAGAGAGGCAAUUAAAAAAGAAUGGAGAAAGGAGAUAUAAAAUUUCUCUCCUGAAAUGCUAUAUUUUGUUUUGUAUAGAAAGAAAUUAUUGCUGCAUUGGAAGCUCUGUGCACUGAGUUUGGAAGCUUUGCUGAUCAAGUACGUUUUCUGCUUCAAUGUGGGUGUUUAAUGAGUAAUAAGUCUUGACUGCCUGCUCAACUAUUGGACAUUUAAACUAUGUAUGAUUAUUGUAUCUUUAGUGCAAGAGUUAUAUUGACCAGUAUCUCCCCCUGAUUUUGGAUGAACUGGCCAGCUUGGAUGUGAGUAACUUUUCUUCUGUUAGGACUAUUAACCUUUUGGAGGAGACUCCUUGAUAUCCAACUGUGUUACAAAUGUAGUGUUGUGUAGUUUUAAGGCACAAACUAUUGCAGCUAAUUCUAUACUUUAAAAUUCUACUACCAGGAUCCAACCGAGAUUUGCAACGAGCUUGGUCUCUGUAACUCGACACAGAAGGCUGCGGGUAUUGUGAAAGCUUUGAACAUUCUACAACCUCAAUCAAAGAAUCUUUUAAUCCCCAUGAUGAUGCCUGGACCUGUGCUCACUCCUCCUGAGAAGAAAGAGAAAUCAACUGAUGUAUGUCUCCCAAAACUUUAAGCUUCAGACUUUAUAUUGUUCUUGGGUUACAAGUGAGAUACAAGAUGGAAAAGUGAACUAGUUGCUAGAAUUAAAUAACCUUUUUUAUAAUGGAUAAUUCCAAGCGUUUUAAACUAUCCUUCCUAGAGACCCAAUAAGGAUCAUCGCUUAUUGAUCCAGUGUUAUCCAGAGCUAUCCAGUGUAAAUAAAGAUAGUUUAGUUUCUAUAGUGAUUAUAUAGAGAAUAAUACACGGUGCGCGGAAAUACCAGAUUUAUUUCGAGUGAUGAACAUGAUACCUCACGAGUGAGCGCAGCGAACAAGUGAGAUAUCAUGUUCAUUGUUCAACACGAGAAACAAAUCUGGUAUUUCCAAGCACCCAUGUAUUUUUUUGUUUAUUAUAUAAACAAAAUUCAGUGAAAAACAAUAAAACGUCCGUGGCAAUGCGUUUUACAACAAAUGAUAUUUUCACACGUAAAAAUAUCGUAUUUUUUACGUGUGUUUAAAUACGAUUUUUUUUAGUGGCCAAAAACUCUAUAUAACACUUAUGUUUAUAUAAUAAAAUUGUUUAUUUCAGGCUGACCAAUGCACUGAGUGUAAAGCUGCGGUAACACAACUCCACACUUUGCUGACUACCAAUUCAACAAAAGUUAUUGAAAUAUUGAACAAUGUCUGUGCUGGACUUAAAACAGGGGCGGCCGAGGUAAUAACAACAUUUUUGUUUGGGAUUGUUAGGUUAGUGUUAUAAAUUUUACUGAUGAAAGUCUGAAAAUAUAUGGAAAUGUUUGUUUUAGUGCAAGUUUGCUGUUGCCACAUAUGGAAGUCAGAUUAUUGCUGCACUUACAGAAAUAACAGUAAGUGUUAAUUAGCUGAGUUUUAUAGUAUGGUCAUUAUUGUGCAGUUGAGUAUGAUCAUCAUUGACACCACAUUUUCAUCACUGACUACUACAUAUCACCAUCAUCAUCUUCACACCACCACCACCACCAUCAUCACCAUCAUCAUCACCAUCAUCAUCACCAUCAUCAUCACCAUCAUCAUCACCAUCAUCAUCACCAUCAUCAUCACCAUCAUCAUCACCAUCAUCGCCAUCAUCAUCACCAUCAUCAUCACCAUCAUCAUCACCAUCAUCAUCACCAUCAUCAUCACCAUCAUCGCCAUCAUCACGCCAUCAUCAUCACCAUCAUCAUCACCAUCAUCAUCACCAUCAUCAUCUUCACACCACCAUCAUCACACCACCACCAUCAUCAUCACCACUGUCAUCGCCAUCAUUAUCCUUAAUCUCAUUCUUUCUGCUCCAUCUCAGUCUGACAGUGCAAAACUUUGCCAAGAGCUUGAAAUGUGUACUGGUGGAAAAGUUCAAAUCAUGCGGGAAAUCUUUGUCAAGAAAUUGAAAACUCAUCCUUACAUCGUCGCUCUUAAAUCCGUGAAAGUGAGUCAAUGACUUGCAAUCUAACCUGUUGUGAACACUUUAGAACAUCGUCUACAUGUAUCGUAUUUAUAGCAAUCUGCCUGCCCUUUCUGAAUCUAUCCAAAGAAAUUGACAGUAUUUUCCCUUGCAAUUUAGGCAGAUUAUUGUGAAGACUGCAAGCUUGUCUUUAGUGAAAUUAAAGAUCUCUUGGAGGACAAAGAUAUGCAGGUAGGAGGAAGUAAAGGAAGGGUAAUAGAAUGAAGGAUUCUAGGGUGGACAAGAGAGGGGCAAUUAAAAAAGAAUGAAGAAAGGAGAUAUAAAAUUUCACUCCUGAAAUGCUAUGUUUUGUUUUGUUUUGUUUUGUAUAGAAAGAAAUUAUUGCUGCAUUGGAAGCUCUUUGCACUGAGUUUGGAAGCUUUGCUGAUCAAGUAUGUUUUCUGCUUCAGUGUGGGUGUUUAAUGAGUAAUAAGUCUUGACUGCCUGCUCAACUAUUGUGCAUUUAUACUAUGUAUGAUUAUUGUAUCUUUAGUGCAAGAGUUAUAUUGACCAGUAUCUCCCCCUGAUUUUGGAUGAACUGGCCACCUUGGAUGUAAGUAACUUUUCUUCUGUUAGGACUAUUAACCUUUUGGAGGAGACUCCUUGAUAUCUAAUUGUGUUACAUAUGUAGUGUUGUGUAGUUUUAAGGCACAAUCUAUGGCAGCUAAUUGUAUACUUUAAAAUUCUAUUACCAGGAUCCAACCGAGAUUUGCAACGAGCUUGGUCUCUGUAACUCGACACAGAAGGCUGCGGGUAUUGUGAAAGCUUUGAACAUUCUGCAACCUCAAUCAAAGAAUCUUUUAAUCCCCAUGAUGAUGCCUGGACCUGUGAUCCUGACUCCUGAGAAGAAAGAAAAAUCAACUGAUGUAUGUCUCCCAAAACUUUAAGUUUCAGACUUUAUGUUGUUCUUGGGUUACAAGUGAGAUACAAGAUGGAAAAGUGAACUAGUUGCUCUAACUAAGUAACCAUAUUUAUACUGGAUAGCUUUAUCAGUUAUAAACUGUUCUUCCUAGAGGUCCAUCAUAUCUUAUUGAUCCAGUGUUACUACAGGAGGAAACCUAAACUAAACUAACUUCAUUUAUACUGGAUAGUUUUAUCAGUUCUAAACUGUUCUUCCAAUUCUAAAUUUCAGUUAUUGACUGAGUUCUGCUGCAGCUGGAGUUUGUGUAGAAAACAUGUGAUAUCGAACUCUCUUCUCGGAUGAGACUGAAGUGAAAUUAUAAUCACACAACGGCAUAUUGCAGAAAUCAAACUCUGUUCAAUAAGGUGCGCCACCAAUGCCCCUUGAUUGUAGUUUUCUAUUUGACCGUCAUUAUUUUAGGACAAAUGUGACGAAUGCAAAGCAGCCGUGAAACAAGUGCAUUAUUAUCUUGUCAAUAACUCCACUAAGAUCCUUGCUAUCAUGAAAAAGUUGUGUCCCACUCUUGUGCCUGCAGCUGAGGUAUGUUUGUAGAUGGUUAAAAGCGUAAUGGUAUUUAAUUCAAGUACUAUUUGAAACACGAGUAGGAGUGUUUUGUCAGAUAUAAAACGCGAGGCGCAGCCGAGCGUUUUAUGUCUGAUAAAACACGACAACGAGUGUUUUGAAUAGCUUAAAAUACGACUACAAAAGAAUAAUAAUUAGGAUGAACCAAUGUAUAAUCAUACUAAUGAGGAUGAACUAUUAUAUAAUGCCACAUGCUUUAUCAGAUAUAAAGUCUCUCCACGUGACAUGUUAUGGCUGACAUGAUUUGCCACAAGGUUUAUGAAUGUGUAUUUUAAGUCAGUAAAUUUGUCUGGUCUUCAUAACUUCAAUCAUCGUUAUAUAUUUUCUAGCACUUUUGUAUGAUUGUAAAGCUAGUAAAUAAAUAGAUUCUAUGGUUAACUCGUAACGUGGUAUAAAAUAUUUAAAUAUUGUAUGUUUAGUGCAAUCUUAUUCUUGGUUUGUAUGGAGAAAUGAUUAUUGAAACACUAAAGAAUGCGACGGUGAGUUUGUUCGAUAAUUAUAUGUUGAAGAUUAAAACAACUAAAAUUUCUACCAUCAGAAACACCUGUAUCAUUAACAUCAAUAUAACAAUAUCAUUGCAUUAUCAUCACUAUCACAUCAUUUCAGUACCUGCACCAUUAUCACUACCACCACAUAUCACCACCAUCGUCAUCACCCACCAUCAUCACUACCACCAUCAUCAACACCACCAUCACUACCACCACAUAACACCCAUCAUCACCACCAUCAUCAUCACCACCAUCAACAUUAACACUAUCAUCACUACCAUCAAAAUCAUCACCACCAUCACCACCACCACCAACUUCAACAUUAACACUAUCAUCACUACCAUCAAAAUCAUCAACACCAUCAUCAUCACCACCACCAACUUCGCCACCAUCGUCAUCACCACCACCAAAAUUUGCCACCAUCAUCAUCACCACCAACUUCGCCAUCACCAACUUCGCCAUCACCAACUUCGCCAUCACCAACUUCGCCAUCACUACCAUGCAUUAUUCAUCAUUCUACUCUACUGUACCUUCAGGCUAAUGGUGAAAAACUUUGCCAAGAACUUGAAAUGUGUCCUUCCACUCACAAAGAAGAAAUUAUCAAGACACUGCUCCUCAAAAAUCUCAAAAUGCACCCUAAAAUCAUUGCUCUUAAAUCUGUGAAGGUUAGCCUCUUCCUUAAUAGGUUUUAUUUGCCUUCAAAAAAUAUGUUUGAGUGUAAGCAUAUAGGUGAGUUUCACAAAACACUAUCAUGCGUUAGGUGGUCGUAAAUCUGUGGUUAGCAGAGUGAGAAAAUAAUGCCAAUUCUUUUCAUUCUACGUAUUGGUCUUGUACUGUAUUUGAUGGCAAAUAAAUAGCAUUUGAGAAAUCUAGUGUAAUUUUCUUAUUUCUACAAGUGUAAACAUUUCUGAAGACCGUCAUGUGCUGGCCUGUCAAGGUUGAUUUACACACUGUUAAUAGACUAAGAUUUACACUAGACAACUUUUAGUAAAACUGUCGCUACUUACAACUUGAGUUGUACUGUGUAAAUGAAGUACACAACACAUCUACGACAACGUGAGUGAGUUGUAUACAUAGAUAUCUUAUAUACACUAGAUAGUGCAUUUAAUUAUUCUGCAAUUCAAAAAUUGAAGCCGUGAUUGCAGACUCAGGUCGUUCCCAUGAAAUGAGAAGAUUCGUAUGUUUUCUAUUUCCUAAACAGGGAACUUAAACAUUAAGUUAAACCUAUUCCAAAUACGUCUUUAAACUAUUCAAAUGAUGAAAGUUAUUUUUGUUUUUAAGCGUUUAUUAGCAAGUGGGAACGACCGUUAUGGCCGCCAUCUAUUCAAAUGGGGGUAACCGCUGGAAUAUUCUUGGCUUCAAUUUUAAUAAAAGAGAUGCGCUAUCUAGUGUAUAUAAGAUAUCUAUGGUUGUAUACUUGAUUUACACAGUACAACUCAAGUUGCAAGCAGGUUGCAUGCGACAGUUUUAGGCAAAAUUUGUGUGGUGUAAAUCAGCCUUAACGCUGACUAAAAACCCGCCAAUUAAUCGAUUACAAUACAUGACAUUUUGCGUUGAUGUUUAGGCGGAUUAUUGCAACGAUUGCAAACUUGUCUUUGCUGAGAUCAAGGAUCUGUUGGAAGAUAAAUCAAUGCAGGUAAAAGAGACUGAUGAUGUCAAUGAUAAUGAUGAUGGUGGUGAUGGUAAUAGCACAGAUUAAGUAUGGAUGAUGGUAGUGGUAAUACAGAGGUUCACAUUUGACUUCCCUUACCUCUCACUGUCUCGGUACGCAUCUGAUUGGUUAAUCGGGUAGAUUAAACGCGUCUGAUUGGUUAAUCGGAUAGAUUAAACGCAUCUGAUUAGUUAAUCGGAUAGAUUAAACGCGUCUGAUUGGUUAAUCGGGUAGAUUAAACGCAUUUGAUUGGUUUAUCGGGUAGAUUAAACGCAUAUCAUUGGUUAAUGGUCCCACAAUGGUAGCGGUACUGGUGGUGGAAGUCAAAUUUGAGCCUCGAUGGCGGCGGUGAUGAUGAUAAUAGUCAAGGUGUAACUUAACACUUGCCCGGGGCAAGUGAAUAUCAUGACGGGCAAGUAAUUGUUUUAUCCCUUGCCACAAAAAGCUUAGCCUCCGUAACGCAGACCGUGUUUCGCUCCAAAAAGCUGGGCAUCUUUAAGUUUAUGUUUUCAUUGCCAGAUAAAUUUUUUAUAGUGCAUGACUGCAUGUACUUGAUUCAAAUUUUGUUUUUUGUGGGCCAAAGCUAGAUAUGAGGUAGUGUAACAUAGCCAUAUAGAGCAGUGGCAGAACGGGUCGACAUGUUGUCCCAUUAAUUUAUACCCCCUUUGUACCGCAGUGGCCAUCAUUGUCUGACGGCAAGUGAAUUUUAUUCCGGGCGACUAAUUUUCAUGUCCAACUUGAGUGAUCAAAAAAGUUAAGUUACACAACUGUAUGUUCUCUCUUGUUUUAUAUAGCAAGAAAUUAUAUCUCUCGUCGAGACUCUUUGCACUGAACUGGGAAGUUUUGCUGACCAAGUAAGCUCGCAGCUCUAUAGAUCAUUUUUUAUAUUUUGAUAGACGGUUAGCUGGCUCACUGUAUUGUGUGUUUACGAAUCUACAUUUUAUUCACAGUGCAAGACUUAUGUUGAUGCAUACCUGCCUUUAAUCUUGGAGGAACUGGCCACAUUGGAUGUAAGUUAAUUUUUCUGUUAAUGAAAAGUUACACAAGAUCUUUGAAACUAAACUAGCCUUGUUUAUACUAAAUAGUUCUCUGUGGUUGUGCAUUCCCUCCCAACGAAAUGAAUGACAUGAUGGCAAGGAGAACAGUAGGAUUUUCAAAACAUUGAAAAGACAAUGAAACAUUCCGAUCGUGACUGGGUCAAAUAGCUUGUAAUAAAGGCCAAGGAGACCCAUUGCAAGAUGGAUGGACUGCUAAACUGACCAGCCACAAACUCGGGAAACGUAUUUGAGAAAUGGUCACAAGCUUAUCUUCUGCCUUUUUAGGAUCCAACCACACUUUGCACCGAGCUUGGUCUUUGCAACUCGACAAAGAACGGUGUAGAUGUUUUGGAAGCAGUGCGUCUCGUUCCAGCCAAAACGAAAAGCGCGAAAGUAGAAGCUGAUCCUAAGUGUGAUUUCUGUGUAUUUGUUAUGAAAAAGGUGGACAGUAUGUUGGGAGAUAAUGCUACCAAGGUUUGUGAUGCCGGUUAUGAUGGUGAUAGUGAUGUUGGUGAUGAUGAUGAUGGUGAUUAUCUGGCAAUGGUGGAGGUGAUGAUAGUGCCCUGGUGGUAUUGAAGGUGCUGGUGAAAUAGUGUAACUAAAAGUUGUCGUAAUUUCGGUUCUCUCUUUAUUGCAGGAAGAAAUUGAAGCAGUUUUAGAGAAAGUGUGUAUGAUUUUCCCAUCACCAACUGAAUUAAAGGCAAGUUACAUUACUUUAUGUUGAUUGUUCAGAUACUGUACAAACCACGUUGUAGAAUACUACCUACACUUGACCACCACGAAAUCCAAGAUAUUUGACUUUACUCUGAAUUGUGUCUCAAUCUUACUUUUAGUGUCUUACAUUCAUGGAUAAAUAUCGUGUGGUAAUUGUUAAACUUCUUUUGCAAGGACUGCAGCCUGAGAAAAUCUGUACUGAGCUUGGUUUGUGUCCUUCAAAACCCGUCAAACGUAAGCAAAGAAACUGAUAUGAAUAUAGUGUUUACUGAUAAGAAAAUUACUACAUGGUAUGAACCCUUCGCGUAACACUUAGAAAUCAACUAUGGUGCUAUCCAAUCAUGAUUCAUUGAUCAGAAUGUUCCAUUGUCUUUGUUCAUUUGUUCCUCGUCUCGUUACAGCCAAAGUAGAAGCUGGUCCUGAAUGUAUUCUCUGUGAAUUUGCUAUGAGAGAGCUGGACAGUAUCUUGGGAGAUAAUGCUACCAAGGUAUGUGGUGGUUAUGAUGAUGGUGGUGGUGAUGGAUGAUGAUAUUGAUGAUAAUGGUAAUGAUGUUGGUUACGAAAAUGAUGAUUAUCUGGCAAUGGUGGAGAUGAAUGAUGGUGGUGAUGAUGGCGAUGAUAGUAAUGUUGGUAAUGAAAGUGAUGAUUGUGAUGAUAAUGGUGAUUAUCUGACAAUGGUGGAGGUGAUGAUGGUUUUGGGUAUGGUGCUGGUGGUUAAACGGUGUACCUAAAAGUUGUGAUAAUUUCGGUUCUCUUUUCAUUACAGGAAGAAAUUGAAGCAGCUUUAGAGAAAGUCUGUUCCUUGCUCCCGUCAACAAUUAAAUCUGAGGUAAGUUGCCUUGCCCUACUUUAUUUUUGAGAGUGCUCAUUGUUCAGAUACAAACCACGACAGCGUAUUGUAGAAUACCUACACAUGACCACCACGAAAUCCAAGAUUUGACUUCACUCUGAAUUGUAUCUCAAUCUUACUUUUAGUGUGAUACAUUCGUGGAGGAAUAUGGUCCGGAAAUUCUUAAACUUCUUUUGCAAGAACUGCAGCCUGAUCAAAUCUGUGCUGAGCUUGGUUUGUGUUCUUCAAAACCUGUCAAACGUAAGCAAAGAAACUGAUAUGAAUACAGUGUUUAUUGAUAAGAAAAUUACUACAUGGUAUGGACCCUUCGCGUAACACUUAGAAAUCAAUUAUUGUGCUAUCCAACCAUGAUUCAUUGAUCAGUAUGUUCCAUUUGUCUUUUUUCAAUUGUUCCGCAUCUCGUUACAGCCAAAACGAAGAGCGUGAAAGUAGAAGCUGGCCCUGAAUGUAUUCUCUGUGAAUUUGCUAUGAGAGAGCUGGACAGUAUCUUGGGAGAUAAUGCUACCAAGGUAUGUGAUGGUGAUGAUGGUGGUGAUGAAUGAUGGUGGUGAUGAUGGUGAUGAUGGUGACUAUCUGACAAUGGUGGAUAUGGUGAUGAAUGGUGGUGGUGAUGAAUGAUGUCGAUGAUAAUGAUAAUGAUAAUGAUGGUUAUGUUGGUAAUGAAAAUGAUGGUUGCGGUGAUGAUGGUGAUUAUCUGGCAAUGGUGGUGGUGAUGGUGGUAUUAAUGGUGCUGGUGGUUAAAUGGUGUACCUAAAAGUUGUCAUAAUUUCGGUUCUCUCUUCAUUACAGGAAGAAAUUGAAGCAGCUUUAGAGAAAGUGUGUUCCUUACUGCCGUCGACAAUUAGAUCUGAGGUAAGUUGCUUUGCCCUACUUUAUUUUUUUAGAAUGCUCAUUGUUCAGAUACAAACCACGACAGCUUAUUGUAGAAUACUAGUUAUACUACCUACACUGGACCACCACGAAAUCCAAGAUUUGACUUUACUCUGAAUUGUAUCUCAAUCUUACUUUUAGUGUGAUAUGUUAGUGAAUAAAUAUGGUCCAGAAAUUGUUCAACUUCUUUUGCAAGGGCUGCAGCCUGAGAAGAUCUGUGCUGAGCUUGGUUUGUGUUCUUCAAAAUCCGUCAAACGUAAGCAAAGAACUGAUAUGAAUAUAGUGUUUACUGAUAAGAAAAUUACUACAUGGUAUGGACCCUUAGCCCAACACUUAGAAAUCAACUAUGGUGCUAUCCAAUCAUGAUUCAUUGAUCAGAAUGUUCCAUUGUCUUUGUUCAUUUGUUCAUUUGUUUCUCGUCUCGUUACAGCCAAAACGAAGAGCGUGAAAGUAGAAGCUGGUCCUGAAUGUAUUCUCUGUGAAUUUGCUAUGAGAGAGCUGGACAGUAUCUUGGGAGAUAAUGCUACCAAGGUAUGUGGUGGUGAUGAUGGUGGUGGUGAUGAAUGAUGGCGAUGAUAAUGAUAAUGAUGUUGGUGAUGAAAAUGAUGAUUGUGAUGAUAAUCUGGCAAUGGUGGUGAUGAAUGAUGGCGAUGAUGAUGAUAAUGAUGUUGGUUACGAAAAUGAUGAUUAUCUGGCAACGGUGGACAUGAAUGGUGGUGGUGAUGAAUGAUGGCGAUGAUAAUAAUGUUGGUAAUGAAAGUGAUGAUUGUGAUGAUGAUGAUGAUUAUCUGGCAAUGGUGGAGAUGAAUGAUGGUGGUGGUGAAUGAUGGCGAUGAUGAUAAUGUUGGUAAUGAAAGUGAUGAUUGUGAUGAUAAUGGUGAUUAUCUGACAAUGGUGGAGGUGAUGAUGGUGAUAUUGAUGGUGCUGGUGGUUAAACGGUGUACCUAAGAGUUGUCAUAAUUUCUGUUCUCUCUUCAUUACAGGAAGAAAUUGAAGCAGCUUUAGAGAAAGUGUGUUCCUUACUGCCGUCAACAAUUAGAUCUGAGGUAAGUUGCCUUGCCCUACUUUGUUUUUUUAGAGUGCUCGUUGUUCAUAUACAAACCACGACAGCUUAUUGUAGAAUACUACCUACGCUGGUCCACCACGUUUGAGAUAUCUUCUUCAGGUACAGUAGUUCAGACACAAACCACGACAGCUUAUUGUAGAAUACUACCUACCGUACACUGGACCACCACGAAAUCUACGAUUUGACUCUGAAUCUUACUUUUAGUGUGAUACAUUCGUGGAGGAAUAUGGUCCGGAAAUUCUUAAACUUCUUUUGCAAGAACUGCAGCCUGAUCAAAUCUGUGCUGAGCUUGGUUUGUGUUCUUCAAAAUCCGUCAAACGUAAGCAAAGAAACUGAUAUGAAUACAGUGUUUAUUGAUAAGAAAAUUACUACAUGGUAUGGACCCUUCGCGUAACACUUAGAAAUCAACUAUGGUGCCAUUCAAUGCCGUCUAGUCACGAAUCAGUGAUCGUAAUGUUUCAAUGUCCUUACAUUGUUUUGAAAAACUGUAUAGGUGGCCUGACAAGAACUAAUAACCCUGCUAUUAGUCAGCAUGAGAACUAGGAGUGGUAGCAGGGGGUGACUGCUCUUCUUAAGCUACGUUUACACGCUGCAAUUAAUCGUGUACGAUUCGUUUUCUCGCGUAUGUCAUUGAGUAAACACACGUAAGCUGGCCACAUUUGAAAUUUCGUUUUAAUGAAACGGCAAUGAAUUAUGGCGCCAGAAUACGAAUCGUACACGACAAAUCGUAGCGUGUAAACCACAGAGUAGAGACAUACAGAGACGUAACUAGUGUACCCACUUUUUUUGUGCGCAUGUUCGGCAAGUUACUAGAUGCAUGCAUCUGAUUGGAUAACGACCUGAUGACGACUCACUUUAAACUUGCCGAGCACGCGCAGUUGAUCAUUUUUCGCCCGGUCGCCUGAAAAAAAAGUGGGUACAUGAAAACGUAAUCUUCCGCAGUGUUUACAACGGUCAGUUACGUCUCUGUAUGUCUUAUCUACUCUGUGGUGUAAACGUAGAUUUACCUGUUGCUAAGAAGAGGCAGGUGCGUGGUUUUGACACCGUUAUUAGACAGAUUUAGAUCGAGGACGCUGACGUCAAAGACGACGUAAAAAUGGCGUGUUGUGCCUAUGUAUGUAUAUGCCACGUCAUUUUCACCUCGUCUUUGACGUCCUCGAUCUAAAUCUGUCUAUUUUUUCUCUCAGUUUCAUUCAAGAAGCCGACUAUCGACACGUGUGAUGUGUGCAAAAACUCCGUCGAGUUUGUGGAAAACUUGGUUGAACAGUCUCUUGAACUUCUCAUUAAGAUAAUAUUAGGCGUAAUAUCACCCGAUGAAGUCUGUAAGGUUGGUGACUGCUUUGUUUUUUCAGCCUUCUGAAACUAUUCGCAACAACAAGUGCAUGAGCCUUUCACCUCUGAUUUCUUCCAGAUUGACUUUACCAGACAUCCUGUAGUAACACUGGACCUCUAGGAAGAACAGUUUAGAACUGAUAGAACUACCCAGUAUAAUUAAAGUUAGUUUAGUUUAGGUUUCCUCCUAUAGUAACACUGGAUCAAUAAAAGAUGAUUCUUACUAGACCUCUAGGAAGAACUGUUUAGAACUGAUAGAACUACCCAGUAUAAUUAAAGUUAGUUUAGUUUAGGUUCCCUCCUGUAGUAACACUGGACCAAUAAGAGAUGACCCUUACUGGAACUCAAGGGAGAACAGUUUAGAACUGAUAGAGCUAUCCAGUAUAAAUAAAGUUAGUUUAGUUUAGGUUUCCUCCUAUAGUAACACUGGAUCAAUAAAAGAUGAUUCUUACUGGACCUUUAGGAAAAACAGUUUAGAACUGAUACUGUAGAACUACCCAGUAUAAAUAAAGUUAAUUUAGUUUAGGUUUCCUCCUGUGGUAACACUAGACAGAUAAGCUAUGAUAUGCUCUAAAGAUCUUUCUAUCUCUUUCUAGCUUCUCAGGCUAUGCCCAGGUUCACAGAAAUUGCAAAUCAAAGACGAAUGUUCUUUGGGUGAAUCGUAUUGGUGCGCUAGUUACAAGAAUGCUCUGAAAUGCGAUGUAAGUUGCUUGGCCUCUUUAAGACUCGGCCCAAUCCCCACCAAUUUUAGACCGAGGUUUGCAGUGGGAACUGGGUCUAGUUUCCUGUCUCGGCAAUAGAACAAUUACAGAUAUGAAUGAAUUAUUUGGUUCUGAGUUAAUAAGUUUGCUAUUCCGACUCGAUAGUUUGGGAUUUACUUGAAUUGAGUGACUUCCUUACUAGUUGGUUUUUUCAAGUGCUUUGAGGGCUCCGUUUUCUUUUCCUCUCCAAAAACUAAGUUGUUGAUUGAUUUCGUGUAUCAUGAGCGAGCCUUCGCAAUCAACAUUAAAUAACUAACUUAUCAAAAUAAUAAUUAUUGUUAUAUAGUUAGUGUCAAUGUUCAAUUUUUCUGCUUGCUGAUUGGUCAAAACCGUGUCACGUGCCGGUCCACAAAACGUGAUGUUCGGCAACCGGUCCGCAAUCAAACAUUUAUUGACCGGUCAAUAAUAAAAUGGGUGCAAUACGCAUGCGUGUCAAACAUGAAGUUCCAAAGUUCAUUUUUAAAACUUUUUACUAAACAUUUACGGCGUUCUAUUUAUCCAGUUUUGGUUUCAAAUUGAGUUCAAAUUAAGUUCACGGUGAAUUAUUCAUGCUUUGACACUUAUAUACUAUAUAACAAAACACUUAUUUACUGAGACCUCGGGAAAGCAGUGUGUUUUGUGGCACCUCGACCACCGUUGUUGCCCUCGGCUUCGCCUCGGUUUCGGUGCACAAAACACACGGUUUCCCUCGGUCUCAGUAAGUAAGUGAUAAUUACUAUCGUUUUAAAUUUUUCAGGCGUUGGUGCAUUGCAACUAUCUCGCUUAAGAGCUACGUGGAUAAUGAUUAAUGUCACUUAACUCUGCACUUAAUUUUAUAGACGUAAUUCGCAAUUUAUAAUCAUAAUCAACGUACAGUAAUAAUAAUGAUAACGUGAUUUCUACAUAUAGUUUAACGCACAAUUAGCACAUUUCAAUAUAAGCAUAAAUGUUGUAUCACACUAUACUUGGGGUACUGUGAAAGCAUUUAGACACUUGAAAAACUUAAAAGAAAGUUGACUUUUCUAGAAUGUUAUUUGCAUGUUUGGGGGAAGUGUAUACUAUCUUGAAACGUUUUCUAUGGGUUUUUGAAAUUUUUAAUUAAAAUUUGUUCUUGUCCGUGGUUGUUCUAUUGCUUUUCUUUUACUGUAUUCCCUGACUGCAGUUACUGCAUUGAGUAAUUUUACUAGUUUAUGUCGUAAGUGAUUUCUAAACUAGCUUUAUUUAUACUGGAUAGCUUUAUCAGUUCUAAACUGUUCUCCCUAGAGGUCCAGUGAGGAUCAUCUCUUAUUGAUCCAGUGUUACUACAGGAAGAAACCUAAAUUAACUUUAUUUCCACUGGAUAUGUUUAUACCAGUUCCAAACUGCUCUCUCUUAGAGGUCCAGUAAGGGUCACCUCUUGCCGUGAAAAACCCUGCGGUGAUUCAAAUGGGAACUGAACGCGUUUUUCUCGUAUGUGACUGGGGUGAAAUUAUAAUCAGACAACAGCAUAUUGAAGACAUUCAAUGUCAAAGAGAUGGAAGAUACAUACCUGUUCCACGGAUACUAGCGAGAGCAUUCAUACAUUCGCACACGCCCCUCGUGGAAAUCAGCUUCGGUUGACGGGGUCAGCGUGUAUAAAUAAAAAGUUCUAUCUACAUCUUUCAGGAGUUGAUAAAACCGAAGGAAGAUGAGCGUUCCAUAAAAAGAAAUGUUUGCAAGCUUUUACGCGUGUUCAGAGUUGCUGAAAAAACCAAAGGUAUGUUCAUUAUUAACUCUUAUCUUGAUUCUAGUCUACCAAUCUCGCAGGAGUUUCAAGGGGAACAUGGUGAGAGCCUUGUGUAG